ACUCUAGUCUAGCAAAGUGCUGACCUCUUUAAUUUUUCAAUUGCUCAAAAAAUUACAGGUUAAAACAUCUGAAUCAGAUAAAUAAUAAGAAUUGAUUAUAAAUAUAGAUGUAUCUUAAGAGUUCUGUAUUUUAUAAAAUUAUAGAUAUUGAACUAAGUAAGAAUCAAAGUUAAUAAAAUUAUAUCAAAAUGAGUAAAGACAGCAAACAAUAUGGCCUCAUUUUAUCAAAAAAGCCUCAAUUAUCAGCUCCAAAAGCAGGUAAUAUUUUUGGAGACGAUGAUGAUUCUGAGAAAGAAGAUGGAGUAAAUUGGGUAAAAAAAGCUCUGAAAGCUGAAGGAGAUAAAAAUCGUGUAAAAAAACAAACUAAAUUGAACAUGCAAAAAGCUUUGAACCAAGAUCCAACUAUAUAUCAAUAUGAUGAGAUUUAUGAUGAAAUAGAAAGAAAAAAAGAUGAAGUUAAAGUUGUCGAAAAAAAGGAAGCAAAAAAGCCAAAAUAUAUUCAAAAUCUUCUUAAAGCUGCUGAAAGAAGAAAAAGAGAACAAGAACACAGAAUUGAAAGAAUGGUUCAAAAAGAGCGAGAAGCUGAAGGAGAACAGUACGCGGAUAAAGAAAGUUUUGUUACAUCCGCUUAUAGAGCUAAGUUAGAAGAAUUUAAGAAAUUAGAAGAGGAAGAAGCAAGAAUGGAUAGAUUAGAAGCCAUAGGUGAUGUGACUAAACAACCAGAUAUAUCAGGGUUUUAUAGACAAUUGUACUCUCAAACAGUUGAUAACAAACAAGAUAAUGAUAGCGAAGAUGCAAAUAAACAAUUAGAAGAGUCUGAAACCAGAAGCAUUGAUGAAGAUGAAGACAUCAAUUCGUUUGAUGGUUCUGAUUCUUUUCCUGAAAAAAAUUCGGAGUCAGAAGCUGAAAAAGUCAAUCAAAGUACUAUAAAAAGAAAAAAUCGUAAAAAACUUACUUUGAAAUCACAAAACAUGCGACAAUAUAGAAAAAGAAAUUUUGAAACAUCAGAAUCUGAAUCAGAUCCUGAAGAAGAUAAAAAUAGCAAAGAUGACAAUGAUUACAAAAAUGAUUCUUAUGAUUCUUCUAAAGAACCAACUGAUGUCAAUCGAUUAGAAUCACUCUCUAAAAAAGCAAGAUUAUCAACAGAAAAUGAUCAUGAUGAUGAUAAACAGAAAAAUAUUGCAAAAGAUUCAACUGAGUUUAAAGUAUCAGAAAAUAAAACUGAUAUAAAAACUCAGGCAAAUGAAUCAAAAAGUUCUGAAGAAAAAAUUGAAGAGCCAAAAGAAGAAAAACCAAAAGUAUCAAUUUGGGAAAAAAGAACAGUCGGGCUUGUAUUUGAAGCUGCUUUACAAAGAUAUUAUGCCAGAAAAGCUAUGCGAUUAUCUGGAUCGUAAAUUUUCUUUGUACUUGUAAAUAAUUGAUGUUGAAUAAUAAGCUACAUAAUAUUUCUUUUGUUAAAUAUUAUUCUUUUAGUCAUUUUUAAAAUAAAAAUAUGUAUUAUGCAUUUUUUAAAAUCG